AUGUCCCCUUUCAAGAAUGUCCUACUCGUCGGUGCCUCUAGGAGGGUUGUAACGGCCAUACAAGCCGAACUUCUUGCCAAAAAGAGCAAUUUCUCUAAACUCGGCGUGUUAACAUCUUCAGCCUCAGCUCCAGAUCCUAAAAAGGAUGCUUACUGGAGUCCCUCGCAGCACAAGGGGUACAAAUCGUCACGGUCGAUUUCUCAGACAGUAAGGCUCUAG